UAAUACGAAUAUUUCCGAACUUUCACGAUCCGAGUUGUACUCCGGUUGUUUCUCCAUAUUCUCAUUAUUGCUUUAUAUUCCUUUUCGAUCGGACGGAUGGCUUUUUCUCUUUCCUGGCAGUUGCUGACAGCCGCGCGAUUGGCCGAGCGAUCGCGCGACCCAAUACGACGACUUUUGUCUGUCAGCUCGUUCCUCUUUGGCAAAAAAGUAGUACCUUUCAAAUUGUCAGACAUCGGCGAGGGAAUUCGAGACGUCACAGUGAAAGAAUGGUUUGUGAAACCGGGAGAUCAGGUGAAGCAGUUCGAUGACAUCUGUGAAGUGCAGAGCGAUAAAGCCUCGGUGACAAUCACGAGUCGCUACGAUGGCCUGAUCAAGACUCUGCACUACAAGGUUGACGACGUUGCGUUGGUCGGAUCAACGCUGUUGGACUUUGAGGUAGAGGACGACUUAACAGACGCCGUGAGAGACGAUGCAGGCGAGAUUGCAAAGAGCGCAGAAAAUCAAACGACUGACAAUUCAGAAAAAAGCGAAAGAAGACCAGAUAAGGUAGAAUUGGAAGACAUCACCUCGAAAGAAGAGAAGAUAUUGGCAACUCCAGCGGUGAGGAGGAUAGCCAAAGAGAAUAACAUAAAGCUGACGGAUGUAAAAGCGACCGGCAAAGAUAGAAGAGUGCUCAAGGAAGACAUACUGGCACACCUGCAGAAAAUUUCCGCGGAUCCGAGAGUUAAGGUGGAUAUUCCAUCGAGCAUGACGGGAAGAACGGUCGGUCUUAAAGGAUACACGAAACACAUGUGGAAAACUAUGACGAAAUCUUUGACAAUACCACACUUCGUCUAUAGCGAUGAGUGCAACGUGGACCAAGUGAUGCGCUGCCGAAACGAUGUGAAAGACUCCUUGAUGGAACGGGGCAUCUCUCUAACUCUUAUGCCGUUCUUCGUAAAAGCAACCUCGCGAGCGUUGGAACAGUACCCCCAAUUAAACGCUUGGCUCGACGAGGAGGCCCAACAGCUGCAGCUCUUGGAUAAUCAUAAUAUCGGCAUCGCCAUGGACACUUCGGACGGCCUAGUAGUGCCGAACAUCAAGAAUGUGCAGAAUCUCAGUGUUUUCGCAAUCGCGCAAGAGCUGAAUAGACUUCAGGAGUGUGGCAGUAAAGUCGAUAUCGUACUCACGACGUUUACGUUGUCCAAUAUAGGCGUGAUUGGUGGAACGUUUAUGAAGCCGGUGAUCGUACCACCGCAGGUGAUAAUAGGUGCAUUUGGGAAGGCGCGGAAGUUGCCGCGAUUCGACGAUGAAGGGAAUGUGAUUCCAGCUAACAUAAUGUCGAUCAGCUGGUCCGCGGAUCAUCGCAUCGUUGACGGUGUAACGGUGGCCAGAUUCUCCAAUUUGUGGAAGUACUAUGUGGAGAAUCCAAUGCAUCUGCUGAUCUGCCCUUGAAGCCUUCUACAUAUAAACAUUGAUGUAUAUUAAGUCCUUAUAUUGAACGAACUUUUCUACGUAUUAUUAAAACGAGAUUAUGAAGAUUAUAGCGAAACAAAAUGUAAAAGUACAAAAUAAUAAACUGUUUGAUGUCAGAGUCACUUUCUCAAGUAAAACUCAUCAAGUUUCAGUGCAGAACUAGAAAUAAAUACUUCCAAAUGCCUGGCAUAUCCCAUAAAAUAUUAUAACAUGAUAAAUAAUAAUCGGAUCUCUAAUGAUUCACAAGUUCCAAAA